CUCUGAAGAAAAGAAUAGGCUUGAGGAGGAAGUCAGUUCCCAAGGCACAAGGAAUAGAGAAUACAAAAGCCCUCUCCCUCCUCUUCCCCUCUUUGCUUUUGCUUCUGCUUCACUGAUCCUUCUUGUUUCUGAUUUAAGUUUGGCUUAUCUUUUACCAAGCUAAUGGAUCUCAACGCCCCUCACUCUAUGGGUACUACUAUCAUCGGCGUCACCUAUAACGGCGGCGUUGUCCUCGGCGCCGACUCUCGCACCAGCACUGGAAUGUAUGUUGCUAAUAGGGCGUCUGAUAAAAUCACUCAGCUCACCGACAAUGUUUACAUUUGCCGUUCUGGAUCGGCGGCAGAUUCCCAAAUUGUAUCUGACUAUGUCCGUUACUUUCUUCAUCAACACACAAUACAGCUAGGGCAGCCGGCAACUGUCAAAGUUGCUGCAAAUCUUGUCAGGCUAUUAUCUUAUAACAAUAAGAACAUGCUGCAAACUGGCAUAAUAGUUGGUGGAUGGGACAAGUAUGAGGGUGGUAAAAUUUAUGGAGUUCCUCUUGGUGGGACAAUAAUAGAACAGCCUUUUGCUAUAGGAGGAUCUGGCUCCACUUAUUUGUAUGGAUUCUUUGAUCAAGCAUGGAAAGAAGGAAUGACAAAAGAUGAAGCUGAGCAAUUAGUUGUAAAGGCAGUUUCCCUGGCCAUGGCAAGAGAUGGGGCUAGCGGUGGUGUUGUGCGCACUGUCAUUAUUAACUCAGAGGGAGUGACAAGAAACUACUAUCCUGGCGAAGCACUUCCCCUGUGGCAUGAAGAGUUAGAGCCUCAGAAUUCACUAUUGGAUAUAUUAAAUUCCUCUGUUCCUGAGCCAAUGAACAUAUGAUGAAUUGCAAGAUAUGGCUUGCCAAUGUCCUGCUACAUUUUAUUUUCUUUUGUUAUCAAAUAGGAUUAUUUGUAAUGGUUUUCGAAAGAGACUUUGUUUUGUUCACCCUGCAACUUAAGAUGCAAAUUCAUUCAUUUGUACUUGUAGAACAAUUAGCUGGUUAGCGUGCUUGUUAACAUUACAUAGAGAGUUAUAAGCAGAGAGCGAGAUAAUGAGUUCCGCGUCCACAGUGGUAGUGAGCUUCACGAAGCCAGAGGAUUGCACUUUUUUGCUUCUCUCACUACUUUUUAACUAUAUAGUCCCAUUGGUGUUAA